AUGGAGGGAGUCAACUGGACAUCCAAGAAGGAUUUUGUUCUACUGGGGUUUUCAGAAUACCCAAAGACUGAAAUAAUCAUCUUUCUUUUAUGUCUGGUGAUGUACACAGUAAUCCUACUGGGGAAUAGUAUUAUUAUCGCUCUGACUAUCCUGGAUUGUCACCUUCACACCCCAAUGUAUUUUUUCCUCAGUAAUCUCUCCUUUUUGGAUAUCUGUUUUACAUCUUCGUUUGUCCCCAAAAUGUUGGCAAACUUCUCAUCAGAGAGAAAAACAAUCUCCUUCUCUGGGUGUUUUAUUCAAGUGCAUAUCUCCCUUGCCAUGGGGACCACAGAGUGUGUUCUUCUAGCCACAAUGGCCUAUGAUCGGUACAUGGCCAUCUGUAAUCCCCUCAGAUACCCAGUAAUCAUGAACAGGAGGCACUGUGUGCAGCUGGUUGUUGUAGCCUGGAUUGUAGGUUUUCUCAACUCGACCAUGGAAACAAUUCUUGUAAUAGGGUUGCCCUUUUGUGGGAAAAAUAUAAUUGAUCACUUUUUUUGUGAAAUAUUAGCUAUACUAAAGCUAGCCUGUGUUGACAUCUCUUUGAAUGAGAUCAUUAUGCUAAUGGACAGCAUAGUCCUUGCAUUCUCCCCAUUAUUGUUAAUUGUUGUCUCCUAUAUUUUCAUCCUCUCUGCAAUCCUGAGAAUUAACUCUGCAGAAGGGAGGAAAAAAGCCUUUUCUACUUGUUCAGCACACUUGACUGUUGUGAUUGUGUUUUAUGGGACUAUCCUCUUCAUGUAUAUGAAACCCAAGUCCAAAAAUUCAAUUACAGACAAAUUUAUCACAUUAUUCUAUUCGGUGGUGACCCCCAUGCUGAACCCCCUCAUCUAUAGCCUUCGCAACAAGGAGGUGAAUGGAGCCUUGAGAAAUGUGUUGAAAAGACUGCCAUUCAUGAGGAGCUAA